CCUCUCGGCCGCAGCGGUAGAAGCACCAUGGCCACCAUGGCCGACAACGGCGGUCCAGACGAGGCACCCAGUCCUCGGGGCUCCCCGAGCCGGGCGCCUCGGGUCCAGCGUGCAGUCGGGCCAGGCAGCAGCAGCAGCAGCGGCGGCGGCUGCGGGGAGACCCCGCGGACGGCGGCGCUGGCGCUGCGCUUCGACAAGCCCAUCAAGCAGGCCUUCUACAACACCGGGGCCGUGCUGUUCGUGUGCCUGUGCUGCGGCGCCGCGGUGCUCGUGUACUUCAUCCUGGAGGCCUUCCUGCGGCCGCUGCUGUGGGCCGUGCUGUGCGGCACCUUCCUGCACCCCUUCAAGAGCUCGCUGACGCGCCUGGGCCGCCACUGGCUGCAGCGCCUGCACCGCGCGCACACGCCCAUCGUGCUGGCCGCGCUGCUGCUGCCGCUCUGCUUCGCCGACUACGGCGUGGAGGCCCUGGGCGAGCAGGCGCUGCGCCGCCGCCGCCUGCUGCUGCUCCUGGGCGCCGGCGGCCCGCUCCUCUACGGCCUCUACAGCCUGGGCAGCUACCUGGGUGUGCAGGUGCUGUUGGCGCACGCCGCCGAGCUCAUCUGCUGCGGGCUGGACUACUUCAGCAGCUUGUGGAUCUGGACAUUGGUAGUUGGCUAUGUGUUGACUGUUUCAUUCAAGUGGAAUGCAAGCACUGAACGCUACUUGAGAGCAGUUUCAAUUCCUGUCUGGAUUAUAUUACUUUUUCAUUUAGCAUCCUUGGCUGGCUCAUGGAGAAUUCCGGUAUUCCUGGUUAUUGUUUUCCUGAUGUCCGUGGGCACCCUCUAUGAAAAACAGAACGGAAAAGAAUCUUCUGGAGCAGAGUUACCAGGGCAGGUUAUCUCCAUGGCAGCUUCUACUCUAGCGACCUUGGCCAUCUCCAUCACAGGGUAUGAAUCGAACGCUGAGGACCAGCCCUCUACCCAGCCUGCAGGGACAGAAACCAUGGACCAAGGAGAACCCCCUCCAACACUGUCCUCAUCUUCUUCACCCUCCUCCCCUUCACCCACCUCGGGCAGACCAAGGCCUGAAGUUGGAACAUUUCUUAGAAAGAAGAAAGCUAGCGAUAUCUACUUUGUGUCCCUCGUUUGGGCCAUCAUUGGAGUCCAGGUCUGGUUGAAUCUGUGGAUCGUACAGCUGCUGCCAGUGCCUAUUGCAGUCUGGAUACUCAAAAAGCUUGUGAUUCACUUUGGCGUGGUGGACUUCCUGGAGAAGCGUGGCUCUGUGUGGUGGCAGGUUAUAGAGAACUUCCUGAAGGAGCGGCAGGAAGCCCUGGCGCCAUGGCCAAUCAUCGGGCUUGGAAAAUUCUUGUUAAAAGUUGAUAGCAAGCUCUGGCACUGGCUAAAUAAGAAGAUGAUCAUCUGGUUGGAGAAGAUGUUAGACAAAAUAAUUAGCAUUUUCAUCAUAUUUUUGUUAGUGAUAGGAACCCUUCUUUUAGCUCUACUCCUGACUGCAAAGGUACAUCAAGAGAGCGUGCACAUGAUUGAAGUCACAAGCAAUUUGAUUAAUGAAACUCUAGCAAAUCACCCUGAGUGGGCAAAUUGGCUUCCUGAGGCUCAGGUAGUCCAAAGAGCUCUCAAUUCUGCGGCUAACAAUGUGUAUCAGUAUGGACGAGAAUGGAUAACCCACAAGCUUCAUAAAAUUCUCGGAGAUAAGGUGAACAAUACUGCUGUAAUUGAAAAGCAAGUACUAGAACUUUGGGACAGACUGUAUCAUUCUUGGUUUGUAAAGAAUGUAACACAUUCUGGAAGGCACAAAGGACACAAGAUGCAUAUAAGUCGUCAGAAUAGCUGGCUGGGAGACAUUCUUGACUGGCAGGAUAUUGCUUCCUUUGUUCACGAGAACAUUGAGACAUUUCUUUCGAUCUUAGAGUCUCUGUGGAUUGUUAUGAGCCGGAACGUGAGCCUGCUCUUCACCACGGUCACCACGCUCCUGACCAUCCUCUUCUACAGCGGGACCGCCCUUCUCAACUUUGUGCUGUCCCUGAUAAUUUUCCUGACCACCCUAUUUUAUCUGUUAAGUUCCAGUGAUGAGUACUACAAGCCAGUGAAGUGGGUGAUCAGCCUGACACCAUUAUCUCAGCCAGGUCCUUCUUCUAAUAUUAUUGGCCAGUCUGUGGAAGAAGCUAUCAGAGGGGUAUUUGAUGCUUCUCUCAAAAUGGCUGGCUUUUAUGGCUUGUACACCUGGCUGACUCAUACUAUAUUUGGCAUCAAUAUUGUCUUCAUACCAUCAGCUUUAGCAGCGAUCCUUGGAGCAGUGCCAUUUCUGGGCACGUAUUGGGCAGCGGUACCUGCAGUUCUGGACCUGUGGCUUACCCAAGGCUUAGGAUGCAAAGCCAUCUUACUGUUGGUUUUUCAUCUCUUGCCAACAUACUUUGUAGAUACUGCCAUCUAUUCUGAUAUAUCAGGAGGGGGCCAUCCUUACUUGACAGGCUUGGCUGUGGCUGGUGGCGCAUACUACCUGGGCCUGGAAGGGGCAAUCAUUGGGCCCAUACUGCUGUGCAUACUUGUGGUCGCUUCCAACAUCUAUAGUGCCAUGCUAGUGAGUCCCACGAAUUCGGUGCCCACGCCAAACCAGACCCCGUGGCCCGCUCAGACUCAGCGGACUUUCCGUGACAUUUCUGAAGAUCUGAAACCUUCAGUAGACUGACUUGGUUCCCAACUGCCGCGAUUUCUCUAGGAAAUUCAACCUUGACUGUGAGUUCAGCUCAGCUGUGGCCUCCUGUCCUUUCAGCUGUGCCUAGCAAGCAGAGCCCAGGAACAGAAGCAGAAGCCUCCUGGCCUUCCAAGCAGAAUUCCCGGACAAGAGAGGACUUGCUCUGGGCUGCUUUGCAUUUUAAAGCACAGCUUUGGAGCUCAGAAAUGUGGUUUGCUCACUGAACUGUUGCUAAGAUGGCUUGAAAAGUUUCAGUUCAUACACUGGUACCAUGGCUUGAAAUUUUCCCACUUUGGUUAUCUGUAUUAUAAUAUAUAUUUAUAAGGUUUUUUUUAAGAGCCCUAAACUACCUGCUGUCACGAGUGUAUACAAUGUAAUUUUCUCCUGUUUUAAGAUAUCUGUUCUUAAACCUUUUCUAUGACAGUCACUUCCAAUGAAGAGGGCUUUGACUUUUGAGAAUGUAGUUUCUUGAGCAGGAAAAAUGAGUCAUCUGCCCUUCUCCCACAGUAUAUGGUCCUCUGUAGGGAAGGUCUUCAGUGUGAGGGUGGGUGGCUUAUUUGAAGUUCAGUCAGUUGUAUGUUGCAACCAUAGGAGACACAGAAAGACUGAAGCUCUUCUUCCCCUUUCUCCUCCCUCCCUCCCCUGUUACACUAUUGCCAAAUUUCUAAAACUUGGCUGACCACAUUGAAAUUAACUACUUAUUAAGCUGCUAUUAAUGGUAACAAUAUGAUAGAAUUCAUGUUGUGACUUUUUUUUCCCUUCCCAGAUGUUUUAAGUGAAAAAUCUCAGGUGCAUCAGCGCUCUGAUUUGUUAAAUGUAUCCCUGUUUCACUAUUUGGAAUUUGACCAAUUAGUUACCUACAGCAGUAGAAUUUAGCAUUUUAUAUCUGUGUAGUAUCUUCCCAUCAUUUGGCACAGUGCCUUGCACUUAAGACACUAGAUGAAUGCUUAUUGGAUUAAAUUGUGACUUUUAAAAUAAUCUCCGAUAACCAGCAUAGUGCUUUAUUUACAUUUUACAAAAUUUUUGCACAUGUUAUUUCACAAGCACUUCACAUCAGCUUUCAUACAGCUUUAUAUUCUUUUACAACAGUUUCACACAGAUGGGGAAGCUGAGGUUCGGAAUAGUGACCAACUCAAAGUCAUGAAGUUUAGUAAAAUUUGACCUCACAUCUUUCUGACUCCGCAAUCUGCCAACUUUGCUGUACUGUAGUUUCUUUUAAUAUUCUACACACUUUUUCCAGGGCUAUGAGGUAGAAUUAGGUGUCCGAUCGCAUAGAUCUGUCAAACAGUUGAUGACAGAGCUGGGACCAGAAUCCAGCUCUUAGCUUUGCGUCCUUUCCACUGUAUAAAACAAUCUUCAGGCUCUUUCUCUGCCCCCAAGGGAGAAGAAAGGAUUCUUAAUGGAGGAGAAAGGGUUCUUAAGUAACAAAGAUCUCCUUUUUGGAAAACAUUAAAAAGUAGAACUCAUUUCUUCUAAAACAUCUUCUCAUUAAGAAGCAUAGUUAAUGAUAAUUAUCUUAAAUUUAUUCUGAUAUUACUUAAGAAAAAACUCCAUCUAGAAGAGAGGUACCAUGAGGUCUGUCUUUAUACAGUGGACUACACACAGAUCUCUUAUUUUUACGUGAAUCCUUCAACAGUUAUCAUCUGAUAUGCCACCAAGUGUUAUAUGUAUUUGGCACUGAGUAACUCAUUCUUUUCUUUAUUCACUUGUUCAGUCAUUCAUUCAGUAAAACAUUGGUUGAGAGUUUGCCAAACUUUAGGGUCCAUGCCAGGUACUGUGUAGGGUACUCUUGGGGAAAACUCGUAAGACUCCUAAGAAGGCCUUCUCUCACCUUCAGUCUUAGCUGAAUCAUGUGUAUUGCUGAAAUUAAAAAUUUUACCUUAAAAGUGUUAACAAAGAAAUCAGGUCUGUUUUUAUGAGUGGUAUACUGGUAAGUUUACAGCUGUGAUUAGUACAUAUUUAUAAGAAGCAAAUAUUGUGCACAAUGCAGUAGUAUGCAUAUGCAAAUUAUGUUUCUCCAGAGUGCUUUUAGCUGUAUAAAGUGAUACUGCAAAAAACUAAACUUAGCUGUUGCCAGUUAUAGUUAUUAGUAUGAAUACCAGUUCUUCGAUGGGGACUCUGAGCCCUAAGAGAAUAAUUUAGAGCUGCCGAAAUUAGCAAUAAUGUAGUAUCAUCUGGACUGUCAGGAGCAGAGGUGCCCCAGAGUACUACCCAGACCUGAUCUGGACUUAAACUGCCCAACUACUCCAGCAACAGCCUAUGAAUUUGAAGGUUGACCAGCUUCGGGAGGUCUUCUUGGAACCCUCAAAAAACAGAGAGAAACAUGCCGCCUCAGAUAUAGUGAAGAGAUUUUACAGAUCUUCACAGGGCAUAGAGAUCAAAUGAUAUGAAAAGAUAGAAGUCUCAAGCUCAAGUCUUGAAGGUGAUUCUUAGGAUUUGACCCAGAAAGAGGAAGUUUCCCUAGAAACAGUUGAUGCAUUAAUGAAGUAGAAGUAGCUUCAGUGAAAACCGAGUACAGAAAUCCUGUCACAAUGUCCUGCGUGUUUAGCUUUACUAAAGAUUAGUUUGAAGGUCACAUUCCCUCUUCAGUUGUAAACUGAGUGGAGGAAUGGGAGGAGGAGAUAAAAACUCCCUACUCAGUGUGCUCCUCUCUUCUCUGAGAGAGAGCAAGGCAUGGGAUUUUCAGCAUAAACCCUGUGUCCUGUAAGUCCAGCUUCAGUUCCAAAAUUCCUAUCACAUUCUCUGUUUCUGGAAGUGAUCUCUGCCAGAUUGCCUUAGAUACCAGUUUUAUUUAUUUUUAAAUUUGCAACAGUUCCAAACACCCAUUUCCAUUAGAGGUGGUUUGCUGGCAGAGUUUUCCCUUGACUUCUGAGACUAGUGCAGAUUGACUCUUGACGUGGGAGGAUACCUAAAAAGUGUUACUUAAACAAACUCAGUCGCUUUGGAAAAAGCAGUUUAUUCCAGUAAAAGGGCUUGCAGAUGAGGUCCUCUGGCUAACCUUGGUCUUAACAAGAACCGGUUGUGACCCAUCAGGACUUCCUAGUACCCCUAGCUCCCACUUUGGUUGUGUUUAGAGCUUUAGGAUGUAUCACUACUGAGCAAGAAAUGCUCACAUUCAGGCCAUGAGGAGUUAGAUUAGAGCAAAGUAAUUUUAGGUGAACUAUCUAGAGCUUUCAACUUCAAGGUUUAUAGGAAAACCCCUCACAGUCUCCUUUAAGGGUCUUCCAAGACCCUCACAAGAGUAUUAACAGUAGACAUUUCACAGUAGAAAUAGCCUGUGGCAACAUACUUCCAAAUGUUAGUUCCAGCUUAAGAACAAGUAUUUUUUGUUUUUAUCAAUUUCUUGUCUCUACACAUCUUGCCAUCAAAAUAUAUUCAUUUCAUUAACUUACUGAGGACCUGCAAAAAUAUUCAUGCUAUCUAAAACCACUGAGCAGUUCCCUUUUUUUGAUAGUUUAAAAAUAAUUAAGAGAAUUAUAAAUCAAGAUGUUCUCUCUGCCUCCUGGAGUCAUAGAAAUUCUGUGCUAGAAUGGGCCUUUAUAUAAUUAGGCGAUCCUGGCAUUUUCUGGAGAAGGAAACAAAUCCAUAGGUUGAAGUGUCUUUUCUAACACGGAACCAGUCAGUACCAGUUCAGAGUAGAAUACUUGCUUUUUUCUCACAGUCAAUUGUUCUACUUCUCUUCCCUUUCCCUCGUAGUUGAGUAGCUUUUGGAAAAAUGUGUUCCUUAUAGCAGUAUUUCCAAGGGAUGUUAUUAGAUGUUAUAAGAGAACAAAAGUGUGUGUGGUGGGGGGACCCCACACUGAGUUAAAAUUGAGGCAUGCUGAGUUUGUUUCCUUUCUAUAGGUCUUCCAAGAAUUCAUGUCAUACUAUAUAUUGUGAAUUUAUAAUAUGGACAAAGACUGUUUACAAGACUUAUUUGACUUUAAACUGCACACCCAUCCUCCUUUUCUCAGAGCAUCUCAAAGGACUACAGAUCCUUUGGGAAACAUGGCUCUCAAAUAAAAGUUUACAGCUCUUUUAGAGGACAUCCCUAAUGGAGAUUCUGAAUGGUGAAUCUACCAUGUAAAUCAUAAUACGUCUCAAAGUCUAGUGAGAUAACAGAAAGAAAACAUAUUUGUCACUCAGAGCUAUACAUCAAGUAUAGAGAUUCUUUUCCACCUAUGGUGUGUGAAAUCAGUAUUUGUGUUUUAGUUUUACAAGUUUUUAAAGAUCAAUUAAGUGUGCAAAUACAGUGGUGAUAUAUUGAUAAUACACUUUAAUAAUGCUUUUGUAUGGCACUUUAUAGUUUUCAGACUGCUUUCAUAACAACCCUGUGAGAUAGACAGUUGUCGAGUGUUAUCAGACAAGGUACUGGAGGCUCAGAAGGGUUUUUUUUUGUGAUUUUCCCCUUAAGUUUAUAUCGCAAAAUGAUGGAGCCAGAAUUCAGUUGCAGAACUUCUGACUCCAAGUCCAGCGUUCUUUACUCCACACCUGGUUUCUUAUUUUUUUUCUCUAGCUUUGUAUUUUACUAUGGAAGGUGCGAAAGCAAAUGUUAAACAUCAUUUGGCUGAAUAUCAAAUUCUGUCUUUUAUGGCAGUGACCCAGAAGGUGUAAUUCCAUUUGUAGUUAUCCCAAAGAAAACCCUUCUUUGUCCUUUGCAGUGCCACUUGUCUUGGUGACUGGAGUGCAUUUCAAAUACCAUUUGAUUUUGAAACCAUGAUUGGAUAUAUAAUUGUAAUUGCUUAUGUAACUUUUGGGAAAUGUAUUACCCUUGCAUUCUCAGGCAAAGUAGAGAAGGUUUGAAAGUAAAAAACAUUGUUCAAAGACAACAAUAUAUCUUCUUUAUUAUCCCAAAUGCUGUUUCCUAGCUUUAACUUGCUUUGACAACCUACUGAUGUAACAUCUUUGUAAAUGUAAAAUAUUUAUAUUUUGAAAUAAAAUUACUAGUGUUGAAUGAA